AAACCACAAAAAAACGUCGCUGAGUCCGAGAAGAAGAAGAAGAGUCAACAUGGCGGCGGCCAACGGCGUGAGAAGAGCCCUUCAGUCAGCGUCAUCGACGGGGAGAAUACUCUUCAGUCGUUCAUCAGCGAAGGCAUCUUCCACUCCGAAACUCGGAAAAUCCGCUGGAUUCGCUUUCGGGAAUGGAUCAUCUUCAACUUCAUCUCGCUCGUCACUUCGCAGGCUCGCAUCCUCCAGGAUCCCAGUGGAGCUGAGUGCAGGGAUGCCUUUACAUAGUGUGACUGCUUCAGCCUUGCUCACUUCUUUGCUCUCUCUCAGCAAUCAAAGCUGGGGUUGCCUUUCAGAAGGAUUUGGGACGACACUAUAACAUUGGCCUGCAAGUUUUUGUACUACUUGUCAGAUUUCAAGAAGCUUGUUUCAUUUCAUCAGUUUUACCCAGAGGUUUAAGAUAUCAAAGUAGCAACAGAAACACACACACACACCCUUUGCUUUCUUCUAAGGAAGGGCUCUUUUGUUCGGUUUAUUUAUAUAAUAAUUGUCAUCUUCAGUUUGAUGAUUUCGUUACCUUAACACUUGCCCUUGGAAAUAAACUACCCGUUUUGCUGA